GGGGACUAGAAAUAGGGAUGUCGAACAGCAAAGCGGGGAGACGCAGUUGUGACGCACUUCCGGCGGCCUACGCGAGAAAGAUGGCUGCAUCCCAGCAGCAAGCUUCAGCGGCUUCCUCAGCUGCUGGUGUAUCGGGUCCUAGUUCGGCUGGCGGCCCGGGUCCCCAGCAGCAGCCGCAACCGCCAGCACAACUGGUGGGCCCUGCCCAGAGCGGCCUGCUGCAGCAACAGCAACAGGACUUCGAUCCUGUGCAGCGUUAUAAGAUGCUCAUCCCGCAGCUGAAGGAGAGUCUACAGACCUUGAUGAAGGUUGCAGCACAAAACUUGAUUCAGAACACUAACAUCGACAAUGGACAAAAGAGCAGUGAUGGACCCAUACAGCGCUUUGACAAGUGCCUGGAGGAGUUCUACGCACUCUGUGACCAGCUGGAGCUCUGCCUGCGCCUGGCGCAUGAGUGCCUGUCACAGAGCUGUGACAGUGCCAAGCACUCUCCCACGCUGGUGCCCACAGCCACCAAGCCCGACGCGGUGCAGCCUGACAGCCUCCCCUACCCACAGUACCUGGCAGUCAUCAAAGCCCAGAUUUCCUGUGCCAAGGACAUUCACACCGCCCUGCUGGACUGUGCCAACAAGGUCACGGGCAAGACACCCGCCCCACCUGCUGGCCCUGGGGGCACCCUGUGAAGUAGGGGGGCAGGGAGUGGGGCAGGCAGUGGUUGGAGGGUGGUGUACAAAGGGAAUGAAAAGCGUCCUGGGCCUAAACACAGAAGCCUCCUGUCUUUUCCUGCCUGAGCACCGCGGCGGGAGCCAGCAGGGGGCAGCAGAGGCCAACAGGGAGCUCGCUGGCCGGUCCCUGCCUCCCUGCCCCUUCUUCCUGCUCCCCCUCCUAGCCUAGGGUAGACUUUGGACUGUGUGUGUUGAUGACCUCUCUGUUCCACAGGCCCUCCCUCAACCUGGCCUGGGUGUGGAACCCUGGCUGUCCCCUCUCCCUCAGUCCUUCCUGACUGUCUCCAGCUGGGAGGUGGUCUCUGUGUGCCACUCUUCUGUCUCUAUUACAGUUGUCUCUCUCUCAUCCUGUCUCUUUUUGUCCUUGUUUAUGUGUUCCUCUUAAUAUGUUUCUCCCCAUAGUCCUAUGUCUCUCUCUGACUAGUCCCCUUUAGCUGUCUUCUAUCCCCAGCUCCUAACUGGGAAUCUGUGUCUAUGUAGGGAACCAGCACCCCGGGGGACGUCAUUUCCAGGGGCCACAGCCAAGCCCAGAGUCCCCCAGCAGCUCACAUGUCAGCGCAGACCCCAGGGUCUUGGCCUAGGAGAGGAGCAGUAGAGGGGCCCAGGCUCUGAGCUCCACAGGUCUGAGCAGGGAGCAACUCAGGCCCCCACCCAAGCCUGCGUCAGCGGAACUUGAGUGAGGGGCGUUGUGCAAUCUGUGGCAAGGCUGGCCCAGCUGGAUGCCUGGGUCCCAGUAUUUUUAGCCCCAAAGGAGAAGUGAAAAGGCCCCAGCCACGGUGAGUCAUCAGUCCUGGGGAAGAACCCAGGCGCCUGAGCCCCAGCUCCGGGAAGCAGGCACUGGGGAGGGGGCUUCAAGGAGGGAGUGCCCCCUCAGACUCCCUCCUUCCCUGGGAGCUUCAGGAAGUUCAGCCUUGGCCUUCAGGCCUGAGCAAGUGCAGGGCGGAGCUACCAGCCCAGGCUCAGAUGUUGGGGUAUGAAAGCCUCAAGUGACUCAGCCUGGUUGGAGAACUGCCCCACCCAGUAUCUUCUGUGCCAUGGUUCCCACAUUCCCACUCAGUGGCCUCCUAUCCUGGACCCCAUGCCUGCAAGGAAACCCCAGGAUCACGGAUACCUCUGUGAUUCAUGCUGAGCCCAAGUCCCCACACUGGAAAACUGGGAAAUGGCCAGCCAUGUGUGUCCCAGGAAAUUCCUCCCCUUGUUCUUCCUUGAAGUGCCCAAGCAUGUAGGUCAGGAAGGAAGGCUGAAGCACUGUCCCUAAGAGGAAUUUCUCCUUCAGGGAAGCCUCAGUUUUGCCCGUUUAUCUAAUUGAAUCAGUUUUCUACCCAAUCCCCCGAUUUUGUAGGAUAAUCUUCCUUAUCUAAAGUAACUGAUUAUGGACUUUAAUCACAUCUACAAAAACACUUCCAUGGCAACAGCUAGAUGAGUGUUUGAUUGAAUAACUGGGACUGUAGCCCGUCCAAGUUGACACACAAAACUGACCAUCGGACUGGGCGCGGUGGUUCACACCUGUAAUCCCAACACUUUGGGAGCCUGAGGUGGGCGGAUCACAAGGUCAGGAGU